AUAAAUUUCUACUUAGCAAAAAGGAAAAGGAGAAAAGAAAAAAAAGAAUGUAAGAAAGUGAAGUAAUUAAAAAAUAAGCAAGACAAAAUAAAAACCCUACCGUGAGCAGUAACGCAAAAUCCUAUAUAAGCAAACGCAGCCGCACGUUGAAACCCUAGCUCUCUAGUAAGCCACCACCUUCCCUUCGGUACAAAUUCGUCCAUUUCUCUGUUUAUAAACCCUAACCCCAAACACCUAACUCAGAGCUCCGCACUCUGCUCAUCACCUCAAAUUUUCUUCCAAUCAGGUUUUAGAAGUCGGAGAAUUUACAAGGUCCCGAAACGAUGUCGGACGAUGAGAGGGAGGAGAAGGAGUUGGAUCUCAGCUCUCCUGAAGUAGUCACCAAAUACAAGAGUGCCGCUGAGAUUGUUAACAAGGCUCUGCAGUUGGUAAUAUCCGAAUGCAAACCGAAAGCUAAGAUUGUGGACCUUUGUGAGAAAGGUGAUUCAUACAUCAGAGAGCAAACUGGUAAUAUGUACAAAAAUGUGAAGAAGAAGAUUGAACGAGGUGUUGCCUUUCCAACUUGCAUUUCUGUGAACAACACUGUAUGCCAUUUCUCCCCGCUUGCCAGUGACGAGACAGUGUUGGAAGAAGGAGAUAUUCUGAAGAUUGAUUUGGGUUGUCAUAUUGACGGGUUCAUUGCCAUAGUUGCACAUACUCAUGCUCUUCAAGCAGGGCCUGUUACAGGAAAGGCAGCUGACGUUAUUGCAGCUGCUAAUACUGCUGCUGAAGUUGCCUUAAGGCUUGUAAGGCCAGGAAAAAAGAAUAAAGAUGUAACAGAGGCGAUCCAAAAGGUUGCUGCAGCUUAUGACUGCAAAAUCGUUGAAGGUGUUCUUAGCCAUCAGUUGAAGCAGUUUGUGAUAGAUGGGAACAAGGUCAUAUUAAGCGCAUCCAAUCCAGAUACAAGAGUUGAUGAGGCAGAAUUUGAGGAGAACGAAGUUUAUUCAAUUGAUAUUGUCACAAGCACAGGUGAAGGAAAGCCUAAGCUGUUGGAUGAGAAGCAGACGACUGUCUAUAAGAGAGCUGUUGAUAAGAACUAUCACUUGAAGAUGAAAGCUUCUAGGUUUAUUUUCAGUGAAAUAAGGGAGAAGUUUCCCAUCAUGCCAUUCACUGCUAGAGCUUUGGAAGAGAAAAGGGCUAGGCUGGGUUUACUUGAAUGCGUCAACCACGAGCUUCUGCAGCCAUAUCCUGUUCUUCACGAGAAACCUGGUGAUUUGGUUGCCCAUAUCAAGUUCACUGUCUUGCUGAUGCCAAAUGGAUCAGAUCGGAUUACAUCUCAUCCUUUACAGGAGCUGCAGCCCACUAAACAAAUAGAUGAUCCUGAAAUCAAAGCCUGGUUGGCUUUGGGGACAAAGACCAAGAAGAAGGGUGGCGGCAAAAAGAAAAAGGGUAAGAAGAGUGACAAGGCUGAGGAGUCUACAGAAGCCGAACCAAUGGAUGCGACAACAAAUGGUGCUGAGUCUCAAGCAUGAGCCCUUGUUUCUUGUUAGCGAUCAGAUUUCAAUUUUGGUUCUUUUCUCUCCCCCCAUUGUAUCUGGUUGGAUAUUAAUUUAAUAUAGUGUUCAGACUUUGAUUCCAGCUGGGUUUUCUCUACUUUUCAAGUUCCAGUUCUUGCUGUUUAAUUGUGUAUCUCAUCGAAUUUUGUUGUCGAUUAACAUUAUAUUUUAAUUUAUAUAAAAACCUAACAUAGACAAUUGAGUUGAGGCUGUCAA